ACAGAUAAUAUAUAAUGAGUUGCCGCUAGUGUUCCAUUCACCAAACUUCGAAUUCAGAUUCAUUCAUGCCUUCUCUUUUUCUUUCCUCUUAUCACUGGUUGAUAUGCUGAUGAUAGCUAGUUUCAGCAUGUACCCAAAGUGUGGGAUGAUUGGAGUUUCACACUCAAAUAGGAGGCAUUUCAAAUCCACUAUCAAGGAAAAGUGGAUUUCUACUCAAUUUCAUGCAUAUAAUAGCUUCGAUAAUGUCAUUGGAUCUGCAUACACAAACAUAAAUAAUGUCGUUGGAAGAAGAUUUGUAUAUAAGGCGUCAUCUGAAGUUCUCUCUGAAAGGGGAAAGAAUGUUGUCACGAAUGGACAAUUGCAAAACUUCUCAUCAUCUUCAUAUGAAGCUGCAAUGGAAAAACUUUCAUCUCUUAUUACUCGCCAAAGGCGUGGGGAGAAGCCACCUGUUGCUAAUAAAUUAGAAAAGAUGUCAAUGUAUCUCAAGAUAUUGGGUUUGGAAGAAGAUAUGAAUAGACUCAACAUUAUUCACGUGGCAGGCACAAAGGGAAAGGGUUCAACAUGCAUAUUCUGUGAGGCAAUCUUAAGGGAGUGUGGUAUUCGCACUGGAGUUUUCACAUCCCCUCACCUAAUCGAUGUGCGUGAACGGUUUCGUAUAGAUGGGAUUGACAUAUCAGAAGAUAAGUUUUUAGAGUAUUUCUGGGAUUGUUGGAACAAAUUGGAGGAAAAAGCAACAGAGCAGCUUCCAAUGCCUCCAUUGUUUCAGUUUCUUACUAUAUUGUCCUUCAAAAUAUUUAUAUCUGAACAGGUCGAUGCUGCUGUUAUAGAAGUUGGUCUUGGAGGCACAGAUGACUCAACAAAUGUGAUUAAAGAACCUACUGUGUGCGGCAUUACUUCACUGGGGAUGGAUCAUACCGAGAUAUUGGGAGAUACUCUCGGACAGAUAGCUUCACACAAGGCAGGGAUUUUUAAGCCUAAAGUUCCUGCCUUCACAGUGCCCCAACUUCCUGAAGCAAUGGAUGUUAUCCUUGAGAGGGCCAAAGAACUCAUGGUUCCGCUGGAAGUUACUGAGCCUUUAGAUUGUAAACAAUUGAAGGGAUUAAAGCUCCGUUUAUCCGGUGAUCACCAAUUCUACAAUGCUGCUCUUGCAGUCUCACUUUCUAGAUGCUGGCUUCAGAGAACAGGAAAUUGGGAAAAAGUUUGUCAAAACGAUUCUAAGUUGCCAGAUGAAUUUAUUAGAGGCCUUUCAACUGCAAAUUUUUCUGGGAGGGCUCAGAUUGUUCGUGACUCUUCUCUAUUGUCGGGAAAUUGUGACGCAGAAUUGAUAUUUUAUUUGGAUGGAGCUCAUAGUCCAGAGAGCAUGGAGGCAUGUGCAAAGUGGUUCUCUAAUGCCGUAAAGGGCUGUAAAAAUCCAUCGCAUUCGUCUAUUAGUGUAGUAAAUGCAGAGGAAUCAUCAGAUUAUCGUCCGUUUGAAAAAUCUUGUAGGCAGAUUCUUCUAUUCAAUUGCUUAGAUGUGAGAAAUCCUGCUAUUUUGCUUCCACGGCUAGUGAACACAUGUGCUUCGUCAGGUACUCACUUCUCAAGAGCACUUUUUGUCCCGAGCAUGUCAAAGUAUACUAAGGUCACUUCUGGUGCAUCAGUUAUUUCUUCUGAUAUCAGUGGAAUAGACCUAUCAUGGCAAUUUAACCUCCAAACAAUAUGGGAGAAGAUUAUGCAUGGGAAGGAAAUGACCACUUUGGUUGAAAAGGAUUUCAAGAUAGAGAGCAAGCCGAUGUUACCACCACAUGAAUUUUUAUAUGAUAAUGCUUCAAACGGAGGUGCUUCACAUAACUAUUUUCCAUGCAGUGCAGUAAUGCCUUCAUUGCCAUUGACAAUAAAAUGGUUGAGGGACGGCGUCAAAGAACACCCAUCAACAAGACUUCAGGUUCUUGUCACUGGAUCUCUGCAUUUGGUUGGUGAUGUACUAAAGCUCUUGAAAAGAUGAUUUAAAUUGAAGUCUACCUGAAUUAGCUUUGGAAACUUUUAUUGCAGCAAAAUAUUACCUAAAUGUUGAGAAAUAUGGUGAGAAUUGGAAAAAACUAUACGAUUCCAAGAUUUUGAAAGAUAUUUUUUAAUGAACUGACAUUGUUAAACUUGAGAAAGUUAACUAUAGGAUAGUACACAGCAGUACUCCAGCAACAAUGCUAUAAAUGCACUUCCCAUUAUUUACAUUACCAUGCUUUGUGAUUGAUGUAUUAUUUUCGAGUGUAAUUGACAUACACAGUUGGUGUAAAACUACUUUAUACUCUUCAUACACAAUUGGUGUAAAACUA